UGUUAAUGUGUGUGUAUAGGUAGAGAGUGGAGGUGUGACUCGGGCAUACGAGAAACAAGAAGCCGUGAAUGUGACUGCACCGCGGGUACAGUCGCUUUUGGUGUCGCGGUGGGAUCCUCGCCUGCCGUAUUCUCUUUCUGAGGGUGUCUGUGUGUCGUUCCCUCUCUGUGUGUCUUUCUCUCGUUACUGAGGCGCCAUUUCUGCUUCAGAGGACGUCUGUUUUUAGUAGAAGACAACUAAACACCAGCGGCACCAUGUUAACGCUGCUGACUUCCAUGUAUCUGGUGAUGCGGACCGUUUCAUCGCGGGCUGAACCAAUCCGUGUUCUGGUGACCGGCGCUGCUGGCCAGAUUGCCUACUCCCUGCUGUACAGCAUCGCCAAGGGAGAUGUGUUCGGGAAGGACCAGCCAAUCAUCUUGAUCCUCCUGGACAUCCCCCCCAUGCUGCCAGUGCUUGAUGGAGUCGUCAUGGAGCUGCAGGACUGCGCCCUCCCCAUUCUGAAGGAGGUCAUCCCCACUGACAAGGUAGAAGUGGCUUUCAAGGACAUUGAUGCCGCCAUUUUGGUGGGUUCAAUGCCCAGGAAGGAGGGCAUGGAGAGGAAGGACCUGCUCAAGGCCAACGUGGCCAUCUUCAAGACGCAAGGAGGUGCUCUGGACAAGUAUGCGAAGAAGACUGUCAAGGUUUUGGUGGUUGGAAACCCCGCAAACACCAACUGUCUGAUCGCCUCCAAGUCUGCUCCAUCCAUCCCUAAAGAGAACUUCUCCUGCCUGACCCGACUGGACCACAACAGAGCCUGCUCCCAGGUGGCGAUGCGCUGUGGCGUGUCCUCUGACCAAGUGAAGAACGUCAUCAUCUGGGGCAACCACUCCUCCACCCAGUACCCCGAUGUCCACCACGCUAAGGUCAACCUCCAGGGAGCCGAGACGGAAGCCUACCAAGCCAUCAAGGACGAUGCCUGGCUCAGAGGAGACUUCAUCUCUACAGUGCAGCAGCGUGGUGCUGCUGUCAUCAAGGCCAGGAAGCUGUCCAGUGCCAUGUCUGCCGCCAAGGCCAUCUGUGACCACAUGAGGGACAUCUGGUUUGGCACCAAGGAGGGUGAAUUUGUCUCCAUGGGUGUCUAUGCUUCUGGAAACUCCUACAACAUCCCAGAGGACCUGAUCUAUUCUUUCCCAGUCCAAAUCAAGAACAAGACCUGGAAAGUGGUCGAUGGCCUUCCCAUCAAUGACUUCUCCCGAGCCAAGAUGGACGCCACAGCGGCAGAGCUGGUGGAGGAGCGAGACACUGCCCUGGAUUUCCUCUCCCAGUGACUGUCACGCGCCGGUGUCCAGAAUUUAGUUCCCCCAAAGGCGCGCUGCUCUCGGCUCUGAGAUUCCACCAUAAUAAACCGUCCAAGCUGGCGCCCGCGUGUCACCUCUGUGUGUAUGUGUUUAUGCGUGUGUGUGAGUGAGUGUGUGUCACUUGGCCACUUCAGGUUUUCAGAAAACCUGUUUAAUGAACAUAGCCUGGCCUCCUACAUCUGCAAGACACUGAAAAAUGUCUGUGGUGGUAGAUAACACGCAGUAGCUGUCCAGAAACUGUAACGGAACAUGUCACCAAUAAAGCAAGAAACCGACCAAA